UGCAGGUUUAUUAGCAGACAUGCCUUUGUCAAGAACACAUCCAUUUACGGUCCCAUCAACUGGUGGAGGCAUUACAUCUCAUAUGAGUUACAUACAAGAAGCAAGUAAUUUACCACCUUUAAAGUCUGUUUUAAAGGAUCAACAACCAAAUUCAUUAGCCGGGAGUGUGAGUAGCACGAGUAGUAGUCAAUUACCCGAAGUUGUUGUAUCAUCCACGGGAAGUUCUGGAACACAACAGCAAUGUAUCACCCAUAGUAGUGGAAUAUGUUUACCAUCGAAUUCACAUAGUCGACAACCAAGUGGAAAAUCAACCACUGGUACAUCAACAAGUUCACCACAAAGCGCUCAACCAUCACCCCAACCACCGUUAGAAAAACCGAAUACAAUGGUUGCAACCCCCGAACAAGUGAUGAAAUUAUAUAGUAAUAAAUUAACACCGUACGAACAUCGUGAGAUUUAUACGUAUCCUCAUGUUUAUUUUAUCGGAGCAAAAGCUAAGAAACGUCCUGGUAUUAUUGGGAAUCCAAAUAAUUGUGAUUAUGAUAACGAACAGGGAUCAUACAUACAUAUCCCUCAUGAUCAUGUAGCAUAUCGUUAUGAAGUAUUGAAAGUGAUCGGGAAGGGUAGUUUUGGACAAGUUGUGAAAGCAUACGAUCAUAAAACACAUGAACAAGUUGCAUUGAAAAUGGUGAGAAAUGAAAAACGAUUUCAUCGUCAAGCACAGGAAGAAGUACGUAUCCUGGAGCAUUUAAGGAAACAGGAUAAGGAUAAUACUAUGAAUAUAAUUCACAUGUACGAUCAUUUUACAUUUCGUAAUCAUAUGUGCAUCACGUUUGAACUGUUAUCAAUAAACUUAUACGAAUUAAUAAAAAAGAAUAAAUUUCAUGGAUUUAGUUUACAAUUAGUACGAAAAUUUUCACAUUCGUUGUUACAAUGUCUGGAUGCGUUAUAUAAGAAUAAAAUUAUACAUUGUGACAUGAAGCCGGAGAAUGUUUUGUUGAAACAGCAAGGACGAAGUGGAUUAAAAGUAAUUGAUUUUGGAUCGUCUUGUUAUGAGCACCAACGAAUUUAUACCUAUGUGCAAUCGCGAUUUUAUCGUGCACCCGAAGUAAUAUUAGGCGCACGAUAUGGUAUGCCAAUCGAUAUGUGGUCGUUAGGAUGUAUUCUCGCUGAAUUAUUAACUGGUUUUCCAUUGUUACCCGGUGAAGAUGAAAGCGAUCAAUUAGCAUGUAUUAUAGAAUUAAUUGGUAUGCCACCAAAAAGUCUACUCGAUUCAGCCAAACGAACAAAGAAUUUCAUCAGUUCAAAAGGUUUUCCACGUUAUUGCACCGCAAGUACUUUACCAGACGGUACAACCGUUUUAAGUGGUGGAUUAUCACGCCGUGGUAAAGCGCGUGGACCACCUGGAUCACGUGAUUUAAAGCGUGCGCUUAAAGGAUGUGAUGAUGCAUUAUUUUUGGAUUUUAUUCGACGUUGUUUGGAAUGGGAUCCUGAAUAUCGUAUGACACCUAGUGCCGCGUUACGACAUUCGUGGCUACGUAGACGUUUACCGCGUGCACCACAUGAUGCUACGCUUCAAGCAGCUCGAGCUGCGUCUUGUUCGCGCGCCGCUGCCAAAGUGGGUACACUUGCAACAACUGCGCCAUCAUUACAUACAACGCACAAACUACGCACUCAAUUGUCCGAUGAUCGUUCGAGCACAAUACAUUCAAGACACAGCAAUCAUUCUAGUGGAAAAUUGCCAAGUAUUACGUAGCAGAAUAUGUGUCUUUCACAAACUGUGGUAUUUUGCGAUCAAAAAUGGCCUGAUUAAUAAUUAUGAAAAUACGCGCAAUUAUUAUAUUGUUCCUUAAUUUUUUUUUAUUGUGUUAUUCGAAAAUCGUCAACGCGCCCAAAAUUUAUGGUAGUACUAAAGAACUUAGUGGCCUAGAUUAUACUUAUUCUUAAAUCUUUCUAGCAGAUUUUUUUUUUUUGGCUGAAUUUAUGGAGUACUACUUUUUAUUUCUGAGAAUCGAAUCAAACGGAAUUUUUUUAAACUUAUUUGUGGAAAUUGUUGUAAAUACUUAGAAAGAACCCCGCACAAAUAAUAUGCAAAUAAUUUUUCAGUCAAAUAGUCCAAAAAUUUGAUAGAAGAUCCUUCUUAACAAGUUGAUCAAAUCUGUUAAUGGGUCGAAAGUAUUUCAAUGAGAUAUUUGGGAUUGAAGUUGAAACUAAGGCAAUAAUACACGCAUAAAGGGCCAAAUUUUUAGCCUAUUAUUCGUUUGAAGAGAAAAAUCACUCAUUUUAAAACUUAAA